GAAUAAAAAAAAGAACUCGAAUGCUACAGCAAAGUGGCUCAACUUGUUUACCUGCGCGUUCACCUGCAUUUCUGCCGCAGUCGCAAAGUAAAUACUCCUCCUAUAUGCUCCCUCGCCUUUCUCCUCUGCUCCGCUCCUCAACACCAAUGGCGCGUGUCUUAUUACGCGCCACCUCUCUCCCUUUCACUACUGCAAUUUCUUCUUUUUCAACCCUGUCCUUCCCUAAAACCCAUUUCUCUUCCUUUCCUAAACAAUUUCACGCUUUCUCGGAGAGAAAUAAAGAAAUAAGAGUUUGGGCGGCACAUAGAGGUUACCGAAAAUUACGGAGACGAGCAGUGCCCAGAACUAAAGAAAACGAAUUACAAAUCGAUGUCUCCAUUUGCAUUGAAGAUGACCUUCCCGAUGAUCCCGAAAUCUUGAGUAUAUCAGAGUUGCUUAGACUUAAUGUACCAAUGGCAAUGAAAUUAGCAUUUGAUGGAUUAAAGGAUUCAAAUUACAAGACUAGAGAUACUGCUAUCAGUGAUAUUGGAGGAUUUCAAAGUGUUGAGUUAUCUGUUUUACUUUGUAAUGAUGAUUUUAUUCGUAAACUUAAUAAAGAUUGGAGAGAUGAGGAUCAUGCUACUGAUGUUCUUUCUAUGUCUCAACACGUUCCUGGUCUUAAGCUUCCUGUUCUUAUGUUGGGCGAUAUAGUUAUUUCUGUUGAGACUGCUGCUCGGCAAGCAGAGGAAAGAGGGCUUUCUCUUAUUGAUGAAAUUCGCAUCCUCUUGGUUCAUGGCUUGUUGCAUCUGUUAGGAUUUGACCAUGAGAUUUGUGAAGAAGCUGAAACUGAAAUGGAGAAGGAGGAGGAACUGCUUUUAAAGAGUCUUGGGUGGAAAGGAAAAGGUCUAAUUCAAAGUGCAUAUGAUGCUGAUACUAAAGUGAAACUUCAAACAGAAAAUUCAGAUGACAGGAAGAAAGAAGGCAGUCUUCGAUUCUACAAACCAAAAUUCAGAUAUAUCUUUUGUGAUAUGGAUGGAACAUUGCUUAACAGCAAAAGCCAAAUUUCCUCAACAAAUGCAAAAGCUCUGAAAGAAGCUUUGUCAAGGGAUGUGAAGGUGGUGAUAGCAACUGGAAAAGCUCGUCCUGCUGUUAUAAGUAUUCUGAAGAUGGUAGAUUUAGCCGGCAAAGAUGGUGUUAUAUCAGAGUUCUCUCCUGGAGUUUUCUUGCAGGGGUUGCUCGUUUAUGGCAGACAGGGUCGGGAAAUUUUUAGAAGCAAUUUAGAUCAAAGUGUCUGCAGAGAGGCAUGCCUCUACUCUUGGGAGCAUAAGGUUCCUCUCAUUGCAUUCAGCAAUGACCGCUGCUUAACGCUAUUUGAUCACCCGCUUGUUGACUCACUGCAUACCAUUUAUCGCGAACCAAAGGCAGAGAUCAUGCCUUCAGUUGAACAUCUCUUGGCAGCUUCUGACAUACAGAAGAUGAUCUUUUUAGACACUGCUGAGGGAGUGGCUACUUCAUUGCGUCCAUACUGGUCAGAAGCAAUGGGGGAUCGUGCUAAUGUUGUCCAAGCUGUUCCAGACAUGCUUGAAAUUGUUCCACGUGGAACCUCGAAAGGGACUGGAGUGAAAAUGCUGCUUGAUCAUCUGGGUAUCACUGCAAAGGAGAUCAUGGCUAUUGGUGAUGGGGAAAAUGAUAUUGAGAUGCUUGAAUUGGCCUCUCUAGGCAUUGCUCUUAGCAAUGGAGCAGAGAAGACGAAAGCUGUGGCUGAUGUAGUUGGUGUCAGCAAUGAUGAAGAUGGUGUAGCCGAUGCCAUUUUCCGGUAUGCAUUUUGAGCUUCAAGGGUGAAAAACUGGGACAAAGAUGACAUGGCGUGAUAUCUAUGGUGCAGUGCUCAGACCUGCCAGUUUCAAUAGUAGUAUAUUAUUAUUUCUGAAGAAUGAUUAGGUGAGCCUACCAAAAUAGAACAGAAAAUUUUCUCCUUCCCUUGCUGAUUGAAUGCAUAACUAAGGGAAUAGACAAUAGCCAGUACUGAUCCUUCUGAAGUAGGGUCCCUGAGUGGGUUCGUCUUCGGUUAAUAUUCACCCCAAAUUCAUUGAGAUUCUUAUGGGGCUUAUGUAUACGAAAAGCCAUGCUAUUCUUUAUCUAUACGAGAUUUCGUACAUAUUUUACUUGUUA